AUGACUGAAACACAAACUGAAUAUUUUAACACAAGGCAAGUCAGUCUUGCUGACGACUUGCUAAAGCACACGACAUCAAUAGGAUCAAAAUUGACUAAAGUGGUCAGUCCCACCACGAAGGUUAAAGAGGACUCUUUGAAGCCAAUGAAGACAAUUUCAAACACUAUCUCAAAGACCACAUCAGCUACCACUGCUAACGACUCAAGCUUUGAUGGAUUCAACCCAAAGUACUUGAACUCGGAAAGUGUAUACAGAGCCCAAUCAAACUCGCAGAGCGGACCAGUGGUGUCACGCACAGAGGUUAACUCUCCUUACUACUUACCAGUCCCAGUGCCAGAAGCUGUCACUGACUCUGCUAAUCCCGUGAGCAGCAGUGCAAAGGAGCAAUACUUAAAUGGUUACCACCACUCCCAGUACGUUAAGGAAUACCCAACUGUGCUGCUGGCAGACAGGUUCAAAAAAUGGAACAAAAUUUUGAAGUACCUCAUUUCUUACCUUCGCGAAGCCGCUUACGUCGAAGAGCAUAUCGCCAGAUUACAUGUAAAGCUAAAGAAGAAGGUGACUUUCCCAUUCUUGACAGAUUUGGACGAUCACAACCAGCUUGUGGACCCAUAUCAGAAAAACUUGCCAACAAAGAGAACACAACCAAUUACUCCAGCUGAAAAGAAAAGAUUGGAAGCUGAGGCAGCACUAGCCGCUGCCACCACCACAGAAGAAACAACAGAAGAAUUGGACUUUGAUACAGAGCUAGAAGACGAAGUACCUGUUUCUUCUGACAAUGAUACUAUGGCACCAUCAGGCUUUUUGAAGUUCGGUUCAGGCUCAAUACAGGAUAUUCAAGUUUUAUUGAAGAAGUAUCAUGGUUCUAUUGCAGGACAACAAUUGAAAGUCUCCAGAGAAAUAAUGGAAAACGUCAUUCCAAAACUAGAAGGUCUGGUAAAAGAGUUAAACAAUAAGAUAAGGGAAAUCAAGAGUUUGGACGGUGAUUUCAGAACUAAUUUGAUUGGUCAAAUGAACCAAACCUCUAGAUUAAUUCAAAAGUAUAACUCGGUUGUAAAGAAGCUAGCCAAUGAAAAGUCUGAUGCUACUACCACUAUUCAACCAAAGUGUGACCCAUACUUGGUAAAAAUUCAAUUGGAAACACAAUUGAAGAAACAGUUAGCCGAAGAAAAAUAUCUAAUGGAAGCAUUCGUUAACUUGCAGAGCUCCGGUCUUGACCUGGAAAGAAUUGUCUACACAAAAAUUCAAAGUGCACUUGAAAACUAUACCGCUUUGAUUGAUUCUGAAGCACGUUUGAUUUUAAAGAACCUAUGCCAAGAAUUACAACAGGGUAUGCUAUCCAAGCCAGCUAAUUAUGAAUGGGAUCAAUUCAUUACUCAUCAUACCAACUGUAUGUUGAAUUGGACCUCCACCCAACCAAAGCCGGUUCCAAGAGAACUAUCUGACAUUGUAUACCAGAACAUGAAGGCACCUCAGUCUAAGUGCAUCAGGAAGGGUUACAUGUACUAUGGUUCAGGCAAAGAUGUUAAGAAGUAUAGCAAAGGCUACUUCAUUUUAACUUCCCAUUAUCUGCAUGAAUUCAAAGAUAGCGAUUUCUCUAAGGAGAUGAAAGGUUCAACUGAUGCCAGUAACAACUUCUGUCACAUGGCUAUUAGUUUGGUCAACUUGAUUCCUGAAAAGAGUUUCUCAUUGAGCGAUAUUGAUAUCGAAGAGAUCACAGACACCGAAAUGGUAUUCACUGCUAGAUCAUUGAAGAGCACCAAACCUAGAAGCAGUCCUUCUCCAGCCCCAAUUCCAGCUCCUGAACACAAGUCUAGAUCGCCAUCGAUUACCGCAGCUGUUCCAAAGUUCCUAAGAGGUGGCCCAAGUAGAUCCACUAAGACCAGAUCAAAUAGCGGUGCUAACAGACAAACCUUAUUUGCUGAACCAUCUCUAAGCGAGCCAUUACGUGAAAUUGGUGAAAGAACAACAUGGCACUUAAGACUUUCCUUGGGUGAUUAUGAUGAAGAAUACAAGAAGCAAUUUAAGAAGUGGAGCUCUGAUUUCAAGGCCCUUGCUGACUUCAACCAUUCAUAUCACAGAAAUUCGUUCAUAAAUGAGCGUGCAGAAAGUGCAACAAGAAGAGCAAGUAAAACUGCUGGGCCAGGCGAGUUCAAUAAGCAAAACAGUGACUCUUCUCGUGGAUCAUCUGAUAGCACCAUUGUGCAAGAUAGUGGACGCUCAGACUCUAAGAUUGGUAAUAUUGUUGGUCUAGAUGAGGACGGAAACUUGAUUGCUUCGGAUGGUAGAAAGUACUCUGUCAGUCCACAAUUGCAAAGACAGGGAUCAUCUGGAUUAACUUCCCCAUCCAGCCAACCAGGCAGUCCGUUGGGUGAUGGAUCGACCACUCAGUAUAGAGACCGUGUUCUUUCUUUACCAACCAAUAAAAGACAAGAUAGUACUACCAUUGAGGGCGUAAUGGCUGAUUCAAAGAAAUCCCCUAAUACCUCAUCUAGAGGUAGUGUCUCUUAUGUGACUAGCAGCAAAGUCACUCGUACUUCUAGUUUACCAGUUAAUGACAAGGACGCUGCUAGCCCUGCAGAUGUCCCAAGAAGUUCGCAAAUGAGAGACCAACUAAAGUCGACUAUUGAUACCAUAGAUGAAUCAAAUCAAGAGAAUUCAGCAUCAUCGACCAUGAAGCUAUCAAAGUCGAUGUACUCAUAA